AUGAGAGGAUUACGCGAUAUGCAGAACAGAGAUGAGAAUCAUAUUGAAAAGCAAUGGCAGGCUGCUUGCGCUGAGAGAGGGGACCCGGAUACGGAUACAAAUGCUGCGAAUUUGGGGGUGGGAGAGAGGGCGGAUGAGGAUGGGAAUGGGAAUGGGAAUGGGGAUGGGGAUGGGGACAUAGAUCAAGUGGGCAAUCUGCUAGAGAGAUGCGAUGAGGUGGCGGGGAAAGUAAAUGGGUUUCUGGAAGAACAGUUUGGAGAGGAGGAGGAGGUUUUGAGGGGGGUGCAGGAACAGACGAGGAUUGCGCUGGGGGUUAUUAGGGAAAGUUUGGAGAGGUAUAGUCUAGAAGAAAUAUCAUUUUCCUACAACGGCGGAAAAGAUUGUCUCGUCCUACUCAUUCUCCUCCUCGCCGCGCUCUCCAAUCACCAAUCCUCUUUUUCAUCCUCAUCCUCAUCCUCAUCUUCGAAUCCCAAACCUAAACCCCUCCCCCUCGCUCUCCCCUCCGUCUACAUCCUCUCUCCGCAUCCCUUCCCCGAAGUUGACACCUUUGUCGCCUCGUCUUCCGCACACUACCAUCUACAACUCUCGCGCUACGCAUCACCGAUGAAAGAAGCAUUCACGCAAUACUUACACGAUCACCCAGUUGUGAAGGCGAUUUUGGUGGGCACCAGAAGGACAGAUCCGCAUGGUGCGGAUCUGACGCAUUUUGAUUUGACGGAUGGGGGAUGGCCGCGGUUUAUGAGGGUGCAUCCGGUGAUUGAUUGGCAUUAUCGGGAGAUAUGGGGGUUCAUCCGCCACCUCAAUAUCCCCUACUGUCCGCUCUACGAUCAAGGCUACACCUCACUAGGAGGCACAACCGAUACGCAUCCGAACCCAGUACUAGUCGCCGAGGACAGCAAGGGAGAAGGAGAAGGAGAAGUAAAAUUCCGGCCUGCGUAUGAAUUGGUGGAGGACGAGGAGGAGAGGCUGGGGAGGGAUUAUUAG